UGGGACUUAGUAUGUGAUCAGAGCUGGCUCACAACCCUCACGAUGACCUUGUUUCUUCUGGGUUGUUUAUUUGGACAGUGUCUGUGUCUUCUUGUAGCACACAAAUACGGAAGAAGAAAACCGUUCUUCGCCUUUCUAGGCGCCCAGUGUGUGGUUGGCAUGGUAACAGCUUUCGCGCCAGAUUUUUCAUCCUUUACAAUUCUUCGUUUCUUCAUGGGAAUGACGGUGCCUGGGGUUCUGGCUUCACCCUCGGCCUUAGCUCGCGAAAUUGUGGGUUCUCCAUAUCGGGUGAAGAUUUGGUUCGUAAGCACUGCUGCCCGGAGUAUGGGAGUAUUACUUCUUGCUGUGGUUGCCGUGUUGAUUCGAGACUGGUCCCUACUGUCCUUGGCUACUACCGUUCCCUUCGUGGCGUUCUUCUUCUACUGGUG